UCGUUGAACACUGCGCGAAAACCCAUCAGGACGAACAAAAACAUGGCCGCCUACAUUGUCCCGUUCGUCUUUCUGAUUGCGGGUGUUUUUGCUGCAACUUUUGAUCCAUAUUUUCCUCGCGAUUUAACUGUUGCUGAACCGGAAUUCGAGGGACAUCAUGCUACCACAGGUGAAGAUCUUGUUUUUAUCAUUCGGAGCCAGCAAGAGAGCCCGCAUAAUCAGUGGGCUAAACAGGUCAAAACCGACAUAGAACAGCAGUAUCGUAUCUUAAACUUGGGCAACCCUCGUGUUAUUUUACUGCAUCAACAGUAUGAGAUCAGUGGUGUGUGGACUAUUCUGCCUCUCUUGCCUAAGUUGAAAGAGGACUUUGGCCAGGCCAGCUGGUUAUUCUUCUGUGAGGAACAGACAAGAGUCAGCGUCCAUGGGCUUCUCCAAGUACUCACCAGAUACGACCCGCAACAGGAAUGGUUCUUAGGGCGUGCCUUACAAGACCAAACUGCCUCUGUCAUCCAUCACUAUCGUUUCCAUGACGACCCCUCUCAGUUCUCCUACCCGGACUUUGAGGCAGGCUGGCUCAUCAGUGUGGGUCUGUUGCAAAGACUUGCAGAAAGGUGGGAAAAUGAGGAGCAUCAGAUGGAUUUUUCAAUCGAUGUCAAACACGAGUUGUCAUUUUACAUUUGGAAUGAUGGCAAUGGCACCCGACUGACUGCCCUGCCAGCUCUGUGUGCCGGAAAUGUCGAGAAGAACCCUCACCCAAGGUCAGACAGUGAAAUCAGGAAGGCCCUGACGAAGGCAAUUCGAGAUGGUCCCCGGGAGGAUGAUGGAUGUGUCUCUGCUCAUCCCAAGGGCCUACCCACUUGUGGAAAAGCAGUUCCCAAGGAAGACAUUCUCUUUGCUGUAAAGACUUGCAAGAAGUUCCACAAAGACAGAGUCCCCGUUGUCCAGCAAACUUGGGGCAAGCACACCAGCCACAUCGUCUUUGUCAGUGACGUUCCAGAUGACACCAUACCCACCGUUGCCUCUGGGGUGCCCAACACGGAGAGAGGGCACUGCGGCAAGCUCUUUGCCAUCUUUGACAUGUUCAACUCAAAACCUGAAUAUCUCAAGUACUCCUGGCUUGUGGUGGCUGAUGACGAUACUAUACUCAGCGUAGCCAGAGUCCGAGCACUCUUGUCUUGCUACAGUGCUCGGAAGGUGGUGUUCCUUGGGGAGCGGUACGGCUACGGCCAUCUCAAGCUUGGGUGGGGCUACGACUACCUCACGGGGGGCAGCAGCAUGGUCUUCAGUCGAGCUGGCAUACAAAAGCUCCUAGCCACGGGCUGCAGGUGUAACAAAGAUGAAGAUCCUGAUGACAUGAUCUUUGGGAUGUGCGCCAAACGACACGACAUGCCCAUCACCCACUCGCCGCUCUUUCAUCAGGCCCGCUCCACAGACUAUGCGAUAAGAUUCCUACAGAACCAGACACCACUUUCCUUCCACAAGCACCUGCAUGCUGACCCACUGACAGUCUACAGGGACUGGUUUAAGAAGGCAGACGAGGCAGACUCUAGAAUCCAUGGAGUACAGGGAGAGAGGGAGGAGUUAUGAUAACACCUCCUAGUCUUAACGCUUUGGAACGGUUGCAAUUUAAAUUUGGCUACAUUAAGGUAUGUUUUGAAUAACUUGUACACCUUGUUAAUCUCUCACUAUUUUUAGGACCGGAACUUUUAACUAAAUUAAUUCAGUUAAGUGAAAGGCUGUGUCCGAAUUACUCAGCUACGGCUUACUAUAACGCACAAGUCUAUGGUAGCGGUUGCAGCCAGUUCCCAUAGAGUCGGGUGUAAUUUCAAGCCGCAGCUGCAUGAUCUGGACAUGGCCCUAUUGAUUUAGUAAGUUUUUUUAACCAUAAUUUUAACACACACGACAGUCCGCUGUCCUCUACUAAACAUUGCCAAAAGAAUCCCUAGAAAUGAAUUUAGUGCUACACAGUGCUGCUUGGCACAAACACUGUAUUGACAAGAAAUCUAGUUUGGAUAUCGUGAAUGUCAUGAUCUUGCCCAUUAAAGGUUGCAGUACACGUCAGUUUUUGCCAUUGUGAAAAAAUGACGCAAUUUUACAACAGAAAUCUAACACCAAAUGACGCCAGCCAUCGGGAGAUAUGUAACUGAGUGUAUUGCAGUUUCCUUGCAAGUCAGGUCAGACACACACCUGACAGGUUUGAAAACUGACUAAGGAAUGGCUCUGUCACUGUACACUUGAUUACUGAAUAUUCCAGGAUUGAAACUUUGGACAAAAGUGCUUUUAAUUUAAAUUUUUACAUUUGCACAAGGGAUUGUUUGAUACUAACUUGGGGAAUGUUAAUUGAUAACUCAGAAGUUACAGAUGUGUGCUUAUUCGUGGUUCUUAUUCUACAAUAUCAAAAGCAUCAGAACCUUGAGAACAGAAAAACACUUGAAAGAGUGACUAGGCACAAGCAAUAGUUUAUGGCAGCUGACAGGUAUGGCAGGUUUGCCAAUUUCUUGAAUCAGUUUAUUAAAUCAAUGUUUUGCCUUCGCUUUUUGCCAUAAAAAACAAUGUAGUUUACCAGGUUUUUUUCCUGACGGAAGUCUGUUUGUGACUGUACAAUUUUGUAAACCAGCGUAGCAUAUGACCAGUAGGCAGACUGUAUGAUUUCAUUUCUUGCUCAUGGGGAUGAUGCUUGCCUGGGUCUCAUGCAGGGCCAUCCAUGCUUGUUACCGGCUUACGGCGACAGCGUACGCGUUGAAAUACAGAUGUUAUGGUGACCAAAAAGGUUAGGGGGACAACCUGAUGUCCCCCUAACUUGGUCCAAACCUUCCCCUAAACACAGGGAAGGCCAACACAUGCUGUUUAAAUGCACAAGAGUGCGAGACAUGAAUUGGUGUGACCCCACAUCAGGGUUAAAAAGAACAAUGUAGCACUAACCAUUACUUAAACCUCUAUCUGAGAGUCGUCAGCGGCAUUUAGUCCAGGGCCGCAUCAUCUGUCUUUUAAAGUUAUGGACUUUCCGCAAUACUGGCUAGAUAUAUGUACACGUGUAUGAAAAGGUUAACAGAUAUACUGGAACGGCAUUUGUGACAUUUUCAGGGUGUUUUAUAGGCAAAUCGUUUUAUUACACUUGAAAUGACGGUAGUUUUUAACACAGUUUUUAAGUAUUGUAUUUUUUGAAACAGGUCAGGCUUGUGUGUGUAUGUGUGUUGGAAAAUACUGAAGCAUUUCAGAGAUGUUUGAAAUUUGGCUGCACUAAGAAUUGUCUAUCUUUCGUACUUGACAGGUUUAUAUUUUGGAGGGAAUAAAACGUGGGAGAUUUAUUCAGUCGAAA